AUGGAAGCACAACGGUUGGAAGCCAAGAGUUCAUCAUCGCGACGAAGUUCUACUCAACCUCACAAUUUCAUUUGGCAUGAUCAUUUGGGAGGACAUCGGAGAGUCUUUCUCGACUAUUUUAAUGAUCCACCAGUAUAUUCGCCCAAUAUUUUUCGGAGGAGAUUUCGAAUGAAUCAAUCUCUUUUUCUCCGUAUUGUAUCGGAGGUGGUAGCUCAUGAACCAUAUUUUGUCCAAAAAAGAAAUAAUGCUGGAGUGUUGGGUUUGUCUUCCCUCGUGAAGAUAACAACGGCAAUUAGACUGCUCGCUUAUGGAAUAGCUGCAGAUGCUAUCGAUGAAUAUCUAAGGAUCGGAGAAAGCACAACACUAAAAUGUCUCAGAAAAUUUGCCAAAGCAAUUAUUGAAAUUUUUUCCGACGAGUACUUGAGAUCACCAAAUAACAAUGACAUCGCUAGAGUACUAGCGAUUGGCGAAACUCCUGGUUUCUUGGAAUGUUGGGCAGCAUUGAUUAUAUGCUCUAGACGUGGAAGAAUUGUCCAACGACAUGGAAAGGCGGUAGCUUCAUCUGAUCUUUGGAUAUGGCAUGCCUUUUUUGGAUUACCUGGGUCUAACAAUGAUAUCAAUGUACUAGAGAGGUCUUCUGUAUUUAGUGAGCUUGCUCAAGGGCGUGCUCUUCCGAUUAAUUACACUGUUAAUGGUAAUGACUACACAAUGGGAUAUUACCUCGCUGAUGCACGUUUCGCGAUUGUGCGUGGACCUGCACGGUCUUGGAGUCUUAGGACUAUUAAAGAUAUUAUGAAGGCUUGCAUAAUACUUCAUAAUAUGAUUGUCGAGGAUGAGCGAGAUGAAUAUGUAGUUCAAGAUAUGGACUAUGAACAAAGUGAUAAAGUUCCUCCAAUAGAAGUUUUGCAAGAGCAAUUGCCUGACGUUAUGGAAUUCAUUCAGUGGCAUCGUCAUAUUCGAGAUAGAGGAGCUCAUUCUCAACUCAAAGCGGACCUCAUCGAGCACUUGUGGCAAUUACAUAGCGAAUCAUAG